AUGGACGCUCAGGAGAGCCACCCUCCAAAUGAUGAGGAGAUGCAUAUAGGUGGGGGUCUCCGGGAGUUGUGCGCAGGGACGGUGGCGCUCUGCUCCUUCUAUUAUGUCCGCCUGAUGAAGGAAAGAAGAAGACGUGAAUAUGAACGUCAAAGGAGAAUUUCCCGUUUCCAGCGUUCCAAGGCGAGGGAGAGCCUGCGCUUUGCUGUCCUGGCGACGACCCGACUGUUGAGCGGCAGUGGAGUGUCCGCCACAUCGACUGCACCAAUUACCGAGUGGCAGGGCGGUCACUUUCAGCCCUCGGCGCUCUGGAGCACCAUGAUGGAGAAAGCCUUGACCAGCUCUGACUGGAUCGAGAGCUUUCGAGUGACAAAGUCCACUUUCGUUUAUUUGUGCGAUCAGCUUCGGCCAGUCAUUGAGAAAAUGGACUCCAACGUACGCCACACCCUCCCGGCAGAAGUACGCUUGGCCAUGACUUUAUGGCGUCUUGGUUCUUCAUGUGAAUAUCGAGCCAUUGAGAAAAUCUUUGGAGUCUCACAUUCAACUAUUUGUAAGGUUGUCCGGGACGUUUGCCAGGCGGUGGUCUCCUUUCUGACCCCCAAGUUCAUUUCCAUUCCUCAAGGAGACGUUCUGCGUGACACAAUGAAGGGCUUUGAGCGACAUUUUGGCACACCCCAGCUGGCCGGGGUCAUAGGCACUUUCCAUGUCGUUGUACACCCCCCUCAGGAACGUGCCGGUCAGUAUUUCAAUACCAAAGGUUGGCAUUCUGUGGUUCUCCAGGCUGUGGUAGACUCCGACCAUUGCUUCUGGGAUCUAAAUAUUGGAAGUCCUGGAAACCUCUCCGACACUCAGGUCUUAUUGACUUCUGAGCUUUAUGAGUCGGGUAUGGAAGGAACUCUGUUCCCUAACACAACGUACUGCGUGGAUGGAGUCGACAUACCCAUCCACUUGUUAGGGUCCCGCUCAUAUCCCCUGCUGCCCUGGCUGAUGACGCCCUUCUCUAAAGAGUCGAAUCCAGAGCGUUCAGAACUGAAUGUGCAGUUUUCGGCCAUCCUUAGUGUGGCACAAGUCGCUUUUGGACGCCUCAAGGGUCGUUGGUGUUGUCUGUUGAAACACAGUGACUCGGAUCCCUCAUUUCUUCCCACUUUAAUUGCCGCUUGCUGCACACUCCAUAAUAUCUGUGAGUCCCGUGGAGAUCCGUUCCAAGAGCAUUGGUCUGAAGAAGCCUUCGAGGAAGAGUUAGAACAGCCAAGUGAGUGUGACGAGGAUGACUUGGAGCCAGAAGGAACAUCUGAGGGGAUCCGAGAUGCUCUGGCCAAACAUGUACGGGCACAGAAUGCUGGAUUGUGA